AACGACCCCUAGCCACACAUAGGGCCACCAAUUAAAGGCGAUUCGCCCGCCACAUGCUCCGCGAAUAUGUCUACCUAGCAAGGUACAAGCCAAUUACAAUACAUUGGCAUUAGGGUUGGGCAAUCCGUGUCUUUGGGUAGCACAGGCUUGAGGUCGUGGAAGAAAGGCACAUUGGCAAACCGGACAGACAGGCUUCGUACUUUUUCCAUCCCCAGUUGCGGCUCCUUUGCGCGUCACAGCCCAGCCCGAAGACAAGAAGAAAAAAAAAUGGCUGAUCCGGCCGAGGGCCCACCUCUCCCCUCCCCGCCUUUCGUGCCUGUGCCGGGGAUUCCCAACCUGAGGGACAUAGGAGGUCUUCCGAUCGCCGGCCGGCCGGGGAAGGUGAUCCGCCGAGGGCUGGUCUACCGCUCCUCGGAGCCGUCCAACGUCACCGACGAGGGGGUGUCGGUCCUCAACUCGCUCGGCGUCACCCACGUCUACGACCUGCGCUCGGCUAUCGAGAUACAGAGGACCAGCCAGCACGAGGGGUGGCACCCCCGGGAGUGGCCCGGCGCCGAGCGCGUGUUCGUGCCCGUCUUCCUCGACCUGGACUACAGCCCCGAAGCCCUGGCCCUGCGCUUCGGGGACUAUGCCAGCCGGUCCGGCGAGGGCUUCGUCAAGGCCUACGGCACCAUCAUGAACGCGGCCGCGGCCGAGGGCCACCCGUACAAGCCCUUCGCCACGAUACUCGGGCACCUCGCGGCGGCGGACCCGUCGCCGGUGCUGAUCCACUGCACGGCGGGCAAGGACCGGACGGGGGUCAUCUGCGCGCUGAUCCUGAGCCUGUGCGGCGUCGAGGACGAGGCCGUCGCCCACGAGUACAGCCUGACCGAGCUGGGCCUCCGCUGCCGGAGGGAGGAGCUCGUCGCGCACGUGCUCAGGCAUGAGGCCCUCCGCGGGGACAGGGAGGCCGCCGAGCGGAUGGUCGGGGCGAGGAAGGAGAACAUGCUGGCCACGCUAGCUAUGAUUCAGGAGAAGUACGGAUCCGUGGAGAGAUACCUGGUCGAGCACUGUCGACUCAGCCCUUCCGCUGUUGAACAGAUUCGUCAAAACCUCAUCGUCGACGCUGACGAGGCCACGCCGCCGCUUGACUGGGAGAGCCAUGCUAAGCUUGUGACAUAUGGCUAACGGAGGAGGAAAUGGGCAAAGUCUCGGUUGUACAUAGAAGACAGUGAGAGUAUACAUAAUAUAUACACCCUGGGAUACUGCCGAAGUAUCUGUCCUCGGGUAUCCAGUUCCG